AGACAAGAGAUAAUUGAUUCCAUUAUGUGUGCGUCAGCCAAAUAUAACACCCGGGGUCCAGCCCUCAUCCCAAGAAUGAAAACCAAGCAUCGCAUUUACUACAUCACUCUCUUUUCCAUAGUUCUGCUUGGCCUAAUUGCCACAGGAGUGUUCCAGUUCUGGCCUCACUCCAUCGAGUCGUCCAGUGACUGGACUGUUGAAAAACGCAGUGUCCACGAUGUGCCUGUGGUCAAGCUUCCUGCUGACAGCCCCAUUCCUGAGAGGGGAGACCUCAGCUGCCGGAUGCACACCUGCUUUGAUGUCUAUCGAUGUGGCUUUAAUCCCAAAAACAAAAUCAAAGUAUACAUCUACUCACUGAAAAAGUAUGUGGAUGAGUACGGGACAUCAGUGAGCAAUACUAUUUCCAGGGAAUACAAUGAGCUGCUGACUGCCAUCUCUGACAGUGAAUACUACACUGAUGAUGUCAACCGAGCCUGCCUUUUUGUACCAUCCAUAGAUGUCCUCAAUCAGAACACACUCCGUAUCAAGGAGACAGCUCAGGCUUUGGCACAGCUCUCCAGAUGGGAUCGAGGCACAAAUCACUUACUCUUCAAUAUGCUGCCUGGAGGGCCACCAGAUUAUAACACUGCACUGGAUGUUCCUAGAGAUAGAGCUCUGCUAGCUGGUGGAGGCUUUUCCACGUGGACUUACCGGCAAGGCUACGAUGUCAGUAUUCCUGUGUACAGCCCUCUGUCUGCAGAAGUGGAUCUGCCAGAAAGAGGACCAGGUCCCCGCAGGUAUUUCAUUCUGUCAUCUCAAAUGUCUCUGCACCCAGAAUACCAGUCUGAGUUGGAAGCUCUUCAGGCUGAGAAUGGGGAAUCAGUGCUGCUCCUUGACAAAUGCACAAAUCUGUCAGAUGGGGUCCCUGCUGUUCGCAAACGCUGUCACAACAAUCAAAUCUUUGAUUAUCCUCAAGUGCUUCAGGAAGCUACAUUCUGUGUUGUUCUACGUGGAGCCCGCCUCGGACAGGCUGUGCUAAGUGAUGUUCUUCAAGCUGGCUGUGUCCCAGUCAUUAUUGCCGACUCCUACAUUCUACCUUUCUCUGAGGUUCUGGACUGGAAGAGGGCCUCUGUAGUCAUCCCUGAAGAAAAAAUGCCUGAAAUGUACAGUAUUCUGCAGAGUGUUCCCCAACGACAGAUUGAAGAGAUGCAAAGACAGGUAGUAACUAAAUUGUCUGAAAGACAGUGUUUGAGUCUACCUAUGUCCCAGGAGAAGCUUUGUCUUGUCGAUAAACUUUUAUCCUCCAGAAUGUGAGAGAUACAUCAAGUGAAGAAUGUUUUAAAUAUUUUAACUAAAUUGAUGAUUGCUGUGAGAGGGAGAUUUUACUUAUUUUGUGAUUUGAAGAGCAGAGAUCUUAAAUUGUCCAAACUUGUGAUGGAAUUCUGUAUGGUUGGAGGGGAAAAAAAACUAUUUCACUCCAGCUGAUGCUGAUUCUCAUUUGUUACUGUCAAAACUUUGCUUCUGUGGAUACAGCCAUCAUCAGCUCCUUUAACUCAAGAGCUCAUACAUAUCAGCACUAUCUGAACAGAAUUGGCGCUGUGAGGGUUUUCCUGGUGUGAAAAGUUUUGUUGUCAAAUUACAUGGAUUCAGCCAAGUUCUUUUGAUGGUUGUGCUAUAUAGAUCACAUUUUGGGGCCAGAGAUGAAAAUAGUAAGAUGUUGGCAUGUAUUGUAAACGUAUAACUAGAAUCUGUAAUCCUCGUCACGUCAUUGUAAUGAUAGCUGUUUAGUACAUGGUAGGGGGAUUCUGGUUUUCUGAUGAGGAACUGAAGCAAAGAAUAAGUAAGUGCUGGGUAUGUGGGGAAAAAAGUAAACCACUUGAUUUCAGCUGACUCUUCAAGAUGCAUGGGAUUUCUGUAUUCAGAUUUCUCAGAUUUCUACAGAUUUUGGAGAUGUUUCUGAAAUCCCUUUGCAUGUCACUGAUGAAGUCAUCUUCUGUGUGCUUCUUGUAAAAGGUGGCCCAAGGCAUGGUUUCUCAGGCUGUGGCCUGUAAUACUAGCGUAAUUGCUUCUGCCUAGGCAGUGCUAAAAUUUGCAUAGUUAUAUUAAUAAUGGGUAUGGGUGGAGAAACUACUUUGAAAUGUAGUGUUAUAUUUCAUGCCUGAGAUCUUUUGCCAGCUUGACUUUUCUGUUCAGAGUGUCUGCAAAUAUCAUAUCAGCCAUCAGGGGUCUCCUUUCUCUUUAGUCCCUACAGACAAAUGAACUUUUUUGGUAGGGCCCAUUGGCAGCAUUAAUUUGCUGCAGAGGAAUGCAGAAGUAGCUUCAUAACUUCAACCCCUAGAAACAAUAUUUUGCUUGAUUUUUCAUGUUUUUCUGUGACUUGAACAUAAAAAUACUAACACAGGUGUGUUUAGCCUGGUAAAACUUUAGAACUGACGUGAAUAGUUCAUAAAAGCAUACAUUGAUUUUCUUGCCCGUUCUACUAAUAUCAUAAAAUAAUCAGAUCAAGAUAAUAUUCUCCUACAGAGAAGGUGCUUAAACAGUAAGUUUAAAGUAUGAAAUCAGGAAACUUCACUAGUUUGUGUAUUUUCUCUUUCACUUUUCCCUUUACAUUCACAAUAUAUAUUUCGUAGAUACUUUGAAGCACAUCAAUUAAACAACCUUAAUUCAAGUAAAUUAAGUAUUAUUGGUAACUCCUGAAUUUAAGCUAAAAUAGAAAAUAUUUAAUAAACAGAAUAUGAUAUUGGUCUGUGUCUGGAGAGAAUUUUGUGAACUGUAGAUGGUUUGUGUCGAUCACUGUCAUUGGAUCCAAAACAUCACUGAAUAUAAUGGAAACACUGAUUCUAUUGACUGGAGGUGAGAAGUAUCUCUAAAGCUUGCUCUCACAUCUUGAUGCUUUAGUUGGGAAUAUGGUUUUAUGUUUUGGUAUUGAGAAUACAGUGAUGAAAUUAUAAGGUCUGUCUUCCUCUUGUCUUCCUCAAUUUGUUUCAGACUGUAUACUGAGGAUACUUGAGCACGUUAUCCAUAUGUUUCAUGCGCUGUCAGCAGUAUUUACAAGGUGGAAUCUCAGUCUAAGUAUCUGUGAAAUUCCCUUGCUGUACAUGGUUCUACGUCCUAGAAAUCUCAUAUGGUGAAAAGCUACUUACUGACUGAUAUUGUGCUGACUACCAAUAACUUGAUUGCUUUUCCUCAUUGAUAAAUGUGCAGUAAUAUUCCACCUGUGCUACAGAUUUGUUUCCUUUCUCCUCAUCAGCCUCACAAUAGGGAGCAGUUGCAUGGCUUGCUUACUCUCUUACAAUUUGAAUGAUUCAGGAAAAAAAAAUGUCGUAGGAUGUUUUGACUGGCCAAAAUACCCAACCAAUUUUUUUUCAGUAUCUUGACUUUAUUUCUGUGACAAUGUACAGGGACAAAGCAAAAAAGAUUCACAGUCUAAAAAUGAAGUGAUGCUAGGAGGAGAGAGAAUUUAGAAUUGGAAUGAAACUUCUGAAGAGACGGUGCUAAGGGUAGUUCAAAAGGUUAUAUGUAUAUAUACAAAUGUGUUGGUUUUUUUUCAGGUUAAAAUAGACUGACUGCUUUUAGGGAGUAAAGUGUUAUGUAUUUUUGCUUUGUUUUUGGAAGCACUUUAAGCCAUGCAUCUGCUGAAGUAAAGAGGAAGACACUUUAAGAUAAGCCACUGCAGUGUAUAAGAACCCGUACUCAAAAAGAUUUUCUUGCACUUUGUACACUGAUCCAUGAGCAUCAAACAGUACUGUCAUGAAAAGGAUUUAAUGCAGGUGCUUUAGAUUUGGAGCUACCUGCGAGGAUGUACUGCUGAUGUGACCUGGGCUGUGAUUUCCUGUAGAACAACUUUAUUUGUCCAGUUGUUUUGUAAGGCAGUGUGUAGUAACAGCUGAGAAAAAGAGUAAUUGUCAUUUAGUGAUUUGAACAAAGCCUACUGUGUGGGAAAUCUUGCAAUUAUACGUGACUGUGUUGAGAUCUCUGAAAAUUAACCAUGUUAACAUAUGCUUUUAUUGUUCGAACUUGCAGAACCUUUUGUUGUCAACAAUUCCUGAUUUGAUUUCCUAGAAACUGGAAGCUAGCAUGUUCUCCAAUGCAUUGAGCAUCAGAAAAAAGUCCCCACUGCUUGAGCUGCUGAAGUUAAUAGCAGUCUGGAUGAAAUCUGCCCAUCUUUGGGACUGCUGUCUUGUCUCCUUUGUCAGUAAUGUUGUCAUGCUCGUUUUCUUUGAAGCUUCCUUGAACCAUCCCCCUCUCACAAGUAGUUCCAUAUGGAAUCUGAAAUGCUGGCAGAAAUGCCCAGAGGCAAGUUGAUGAGCAACUCAGCUGCACUGCUACUGACCCAGCAGACUUGACGCUACGUCCUUAUGCUUUCAUUUUGUCUGCACCUCAAAGUGGCACCCACUUAAUAGCAAAGUCCUAGAAGUGGAGUGAUAAGAAAUAGAAGUGAAUGUUGUAGACAUGUAUAACAGAGAGUGAGAACAGAAAUUUCUUUGUCCUGAACAGUAGGAGUGACAUAGGUGGGAAGAAAAGGCAAAAAUAAACUUGGCUGAUGUCUGCUUA